ACGAAUAUGGGUUUGAAAAUCGAUGCACUUCGCGUUGUUUGUGCGAAAUUCGAACUCGGCGCAUAUCAGAAGCCCGUAACGUCUCUCUCUACGCGCGCUCAUAUCCAUGCUCUCUGCUUUCUUACAAAUGGGGAAAAAUCUCAAAACCGUUUCUCCAUUCCGCUUCUCCUCUUUCCUCCGCCUCGAAGAAGACCCAGUCCUAGCUCUCCGCCUCUUCCAAAACCCUAACCCUAGUUCCCCAAAACCUUUCCGCCACAGCGCGCUCUCCUAUGACCUCAUCAUCUCCAAGCUCGCCCGUGCCAAGCUCUUCCCCGACAUGGAACAGAUCCUCCUCCAGAUGAAGCAGCAGCGGCACCGCUUCGUCCCCAAAGAAUCCCUCUUCUGCCACGUCAUUUCCUCCUACGGCCGCUCCCGCAUGCCCGGCCCCGCCCUCCACACCUUCGACCAGAUCCCUUCCUUCGGCUCCUUAAGGACUAUCAGAUCUCUCAAUUCCCUUCUCAGUGCGCUCUUGGCUUGUAGAGAAUUCGAAAAGAUUCGUGAAUUUUAUCUAGAUCUUGAUCAGUACGCGGUUCCCGAUGCAUGCACCUACAAUAUUCUGAUUAACGCUUGCUGUUUGAAUAAGUCGUUGUGUGAUGCUUGGAACAUGUUCGAUGAAAUGCGUAGAAGGGGAAUUCAGCCGAAUGUCAUUACUUUCGGAACUUUGAUCUCCGCCCUUUGUGCGAAUUCGAUGUUAGAUGAAGCUUUUCGGCUGAAAGAGGAUAUGAUACGAGUGUUCCACGUGAAACCAAAUGUUUUUAUCUACACUUCGCUGAUCAAAGGCCUUUGCCAGAUGAAUGAGUUGGAUUUGGCUUUUAAGCUUAAGGAUGAGAUGUUGUCGGAUGAGACGGUUGCAUUGGACUCAGCGGUUUAUUCGACUCUGAUUAGUGGGCUUUUCAAAGUAGGUCGUAAGGGAGAGAUCGUUGGAAUUUUGGAGGAGAUGAGGGGGAAUGGAUGUAAGCCUAAUACAGUGUCUUACAAUGCAUUGAUUGCAGGAUUUUGUGGUGAAAAAGAAUUUGAUUCUGCGUUUGCAGUCUUGGAUGUGAUGAGGGAGGAGGGAUGUAAACCAGAUGUCUUUAGUUAUAAUGUGAUUAUUGCAGGCCUUUGUAAGGAGGCUAGGUUGAGAGAUGCAUGUGAUUUGUUUGAGGAUAUGCCAAGGCGGGGUUGUUUUCCUGAUGUUGUAUCUUAUCGGACGCUCUUUGAUGGAUUAUGCAAUGGGAAGGAAUUUAAGGAAGCAGCACAAACUUUGGAUGAGAUGUUGUUCAAGGGACAUAAGCCUCGUGCUGUAAGUGUACAAAAGUUUGUAGAGGGGUUGUGUAAGGAAGGGAUUGUUGAGCUGUUGGGGUCAGUUUUGAAUAGUUUGAUGAAAGGAAAUGCUAUCGAUAUUGAUACAUGGAAAAUGGUGAUUGGCAUUGUGUGCCACAAGUCUGAGCUGUUGAAGACAUGUGCGGUUGUUGAUAGUUUGAGAAUGGCAUAAGUAAGAAUACUAUUUUCCAAUCAUCUCUAAAGGUUAAAUCUGCUGACCUAUUAAAAUUAUAGUAGCACCAUUUAAUUGGUAAUUUCUUGCAUGAGGGUUUUA